AUGGCGGCUCUUACCUCUCUCCCUCCCCUUCCUCACACUCUCCUUUUUCUCCGUUCAAAACCAACCAGACUUUCCGUUUCCGCUUCAGCGCUCUCAUCCUCAGGCAAUGAUGGUUCUAGUUCUAGAGCACCUCAUAAAAGAAGAGGAAAAAUUGAAGGUCCACGGAAAAGUAUGGAGGAUUCUGUUCAACGCAGGAUGGAGCAAUUUUAUGAAGGUUCUGAUGGACCUCCUUUACGCGUUCUACCUAUUGGUGGUUUGGGUGAAAUUGGAAUGAAUUGUAUGCUCGUAGGGAAUCAUGACCGCUAUAUCCUCAUUGAUGCUGGUAUCAUGUUUCCUGACUAUGAUGACCUUGGAGUACAAAAGAUUAUACCUGAUACAACUUUUAUAAGAAAAUGGAGCCACAAAAUUGAAGCGCUUGUUAUAACGCAUGGUCAUGAAGAUCAUAUCGGUGCGUUGCCUUGGGUCAUCCCAGCAUUGGAUUCCAAUACACCGAUUUUUGCAUCUUCCUUUACAAUGGAGCUUAUAAAAAAACGUUUGAAGGAGCAUGGUAUUUUUCUUUCGUCUAGACUCAAAAUCUUCAGAACAAAGAACAAGUUUGUCGCCGGGCCAUUUGAGAUAGAACCUAUUAGGGUGACUCAUUCUAUUCCUGACUGCUGUGGACUAGUUCUUCGUUGUUCUGAUGGUACUAUUCUUCACACCGGGGACUGGAAGAUUGACGAGACACCACUUGAUGGGAAGGUUUUUGAUCGAGAGGCUUUAGAGGAACUCUCUAAAGAAGGAGUAACAUUGAUGAUGAGUGAUUCGACAAAUGUGCUCUCACCUGGAAGGACAACCAGUGAAUCUGUUGUAGCAGAUGCAUUAUUGAGGCAUAUUUCAGCUACUAAAGGAAGGGUUAUUACGACCCAGUUCGCGUCAAAUCUACAUCGGAUUGGAAGUGUGAAAGCUGCUGCUGAUUUAACUGGCAGAAAGUUGGUAUUUGUUGGCAUGUCUUUAAGGACAUACUUAGAAGCAGCUUGGAAGGAUGGAAAGGCUCCAUUUGAUCCAUCCACUCUGGUGAAAGCAGAGGAUAUUGAUGCUUAUGCGCCCAAGGAUCUGCUUAUUGUAACAACCGGCUCUCAAGCAGAGCCACGUGCUGCCUUAAAUCUUGCAUCUUAUGGAAGUAGCCAUGCUUUCAAACUUACCAAGGAAGAUAUUAUUUUGUAUUCAGCUAAGGUAAUCCCUGGUAAUGAGUCUCGUGUGAUGGAAAUGAUGAAUCGCAUAUCAGAGAUUGGAUCAACAAUAGUUAUGGGGAGAAAUGAAAACUUGCACACAUCUGGUCAUGCAUAUCGUGGAGAAUUGACCCUUGAUAUCCUGAUAGUGAGAUUUUUAGAAUUCACAUGCAUGAAUAGGGCUGUUUUCGGUCCGGUCCGGGUAUCAGGGGUCCCAAGAGUUGGACCGAAACCCUUAUCGGGUAAAUUGGAACCGGAUCAAAACCGUGAUGGUUAA